UUUUAAGAUGAAGGCUGCGCGAGUGUCUGAGAGAUCCAGAAAGGCAAAAGCCAUAGGCCUAUAGAACAAAUAAGAACCGCAAAAUUAUUAAAAGACGAGAACUGUCCGGUUCGUGAAAUUCGUUGGUCACACGGUUUGGUUGUGGUUUGAAAGACCCCAUGGAAGCAGAGGACAAUCAAAUCUCCGUCGCCACCCACCAACAAGAGGGCGAAGCGGAAGCAUCCACAGAGGAGCAACCGCAGCAGAUGGCCGCCCCCCAUGUGAUGGAGACGGCUGCUAUUACCGCUCUCCGUUCCGUCCUCCACCGAGUGCAGCUGGCCGCCGAGAGGUCCGGCAGGGCUUCCCAGCAAGUAAGAGUGGUCGCUGUGAGCAAGACGAAGCCGGUGUCCCUGAUUCGCCAGGUCUACGAUGCCGGGCAUCGUUACUUCGGCGAGAAUUACGUGCAGGAGUUGAUAGAGAAGGCGCCUCAGCUUCCUGAGGACAUAGAAUGGCAUUUCAUUGGCAACUUACAGAGCAACAAAGUGAAACCUCUUCUUGCAUCUGUCCCUAAUCUUGACAUGGUUGAAAGUGUAGAUGAUCAAAAGAUUGCAAAUCAUCUAGACCGUGCAGUUGCAAACUUGGGAAGAAGGCCUUUGAAGGUUUUGGUCCAAGUGAAUACAAGUGGUGAAGCAUCAAAAUCUGGCGUUGAUCCUUCUGGCUGUGUUGAACUAGCCAAGCAUGUCAAGCUGGGUUGUCCAAACCUUGAGUUUUCUGGUCUGAUGACAAUAGGGAUGCUUGACUACACAUCGACACCAGAAAACUUUAAGACUCUAGCCAACUGUAGGACAGAGGUCUGCAAAGCCCUUGAAAUUCCAGAGGAGCUGUGUGAGCUGUCAAUGGGCAUGUCAGGAGACUUUGAGCAAGCGAUUUCAAUGGGCAGUACUAAUGUGAGAGUUGGAUCUACCAUAUUCGGGGCGAGAGAGUACCCAAAGAAACCAAGCAAUUGAUGUUUCUGCAUGUGUCAUUUUGAAUACGAUUCAUAUGCCACCAUGUUGUGCAUUGCAGGGAAAUCAUGUAUGUUAAGUUUCUGUAAUGCAUACUUACUGAUGAGUUGUCAUAUCAAUGGGGCUUCUCACAUACCAUGAAACUUAUUAAAUGUAUACAUGGGCAUCUGUGUUCAUUUGGUUAUGAAGUCUCAAUAAAAAAAAGCACAUGUACGUGGAACAGUUUGUACCGUUUGAUAUGAGUACUCCUACCAUGUUUUGUAUGUU